AAGUGGAGUGUGGAGCCGCGCUGCGUGCUGUCAGUCUCUGUGGCUGCGAACCCAGUGGUCGUGGGACCCGUCCAGGCAGCGCGGGCUGUCCCGGUCCCCUCGGGCUGCGCGAUCCGGAGAACACAAUGGACAGCAAUGAGUUAAUUGAAUACUUUAAGUCUCAGAUGAAAGAAAAUCCUGACAUGGCCUCAGCAGUAGCUGCCAUCCGGACUUUGCUGGAGUUCUUGAAGAGAGAUCAAGGGGGGACGAUCCAGGGCCUGCGAGCGAGUCUCACCUGUGCCAUAGAAACCCUGUGUGACGUGGACUCCUCCGUGGCCGUGUCCUCCGGCGGGAAGCUCUUCCUGCGCUUCAUCAGCCUGACUUCCCUGGAAUACUCUGAUUACUCUAAAUGUAAAAAGAUCAUGAUUGAGCGGGGAGAACUUUUUCUCAGGAGAACAUCCCAAUCGAGAAAUAAAAUUGCAGAUCUGUGCCAUACUUUCAUCAAAGAUGGGGCGAAAAUAUUAACUCACGCCUACUCCAGAGUGGUCCUGAGAGUUUUGGAGGCAGCAGUGGUGGCCAAGAAGCGUUUCAGUGUGUACAUCACAGAGUCACAGCCUGACUUAUCGGGUAAGAAAAUGGCCAGAGCUCUCUACCACCUCAACGUCCCUGUCACCGUGGUCCUGGAUGCUGCUGUUGGCUAUAUCAUGGAGAAAGUGGAUCUUGUCAUAGUUGGUGCUGAAGGAGUUGUUGAAAAUGGGGGCAUUAUCAACAAGAUUGGAACCAACCAGAUGGCCGUGUGCGCCAAAGCCCAGAACAAGCCUUUUUAUGUCGUUGCAGAAAGUUUCAAGUUUGUACGACUCUUCCCACUAAACCAGCAGGAUGUCCCAAAUAAGUUUAAGUAUAAGGCAGAUACCCUGAAGACUAUGCAGACCAAACAGGAUCUCAAAGAGGAGCACCCAUGGGUCGACUACACCUCCCCUUCCUUAAUAACACUGCUGUUUACAGACCUGGGGGUGUUGACGCCCUCAGCAGUCAGUGACGAGCUCAUCAAGCUGUAUCUGUAGCCACUGGAUCCCUUCCUGCGGGCGCACAGCUGUUGCACAUGGGGCAGGGUGAGUAGCCUCUUGACCCCUCCGUGAGCCAGGCCAUACUAAAUUUUUUUUUUCUUUAAAGCUUCUAUUUUUAAGUAAUCUCUACCGUAAGUGGGGCUCGAACUCACAACCCUGAGAUCAAGAGUCCCAUGCUCCACUGACUGAGCCAGCCAGAUGCCCCUAAAACUGAAUUUUUUUUUUUUAAUGAAGACUUAGGGACGAAGGACUUAAACCUUAAGACUUGGAAAAUUUUUUUUAUCCAUUUCAGCCCCACCUAAAAUGUGUUCAUGGUUUCCCUAAAACCCAACCUGAAUUGCGUUUAUGGUUUCUAGACACUUUCCAGUUUCCAGAAAUACAAGUUAGAUUAUUGGCUACUUAACCAAUGAAAGCCAUGCCCAAGCCCACCUCCCUUCUUCCCUGCACUCCAGACUGAUUUGCCAAAAGCAUCGAUUAAAGAGAUGCAGGCCUGCAAAAGCAGGCAUUCCUACCUGCAGCCAGGCGCCCCUGCAGGAACCAACAGGCGCCCAGGACACGUUACAAACGGUGCCUUAUGAGAGGCUGGAAACCCGGAUUGAAGUCACAUCAGGCUUCCAGUGGUGACCACGAGCCUGGGGCCGCCAUCCCCUCCUCGAGAUUGGGACAGACUGGACCGGAAACCACCCAGAAAACCCAAGGAAGGUAGAAACAACAUUUAGCAGGAGUAGCCUCCGUGGCUCACACAUACGAAGACCUUCCAGAACAUCUGUAAACUUGAAAGUCUGCAUCUGUGGAAGAUGUGAAUUUCCUUUAAACGUGUUUGAUCCCUGAACAGCUUUUUAAAAAUUGUACUUGGGGACAAACUCAGCCAUCUUUUCAAAUAAAUUAC